CUCCUUGGCCCUCAAAAAAAUCCACCAUUCCUUAUUCUUCUAAUUUUAACUUGUACCUUCCAAAUACCUUUGAUCAAUAUCCCUGCGAUAUGGUGUUUAUAACUGGCUAUCUGCAGCACCGCAGGGAUUGCAAACUGAAACAAAACGAACGUACCGAGAGGAUCGCUGCACUUACAAAGUAUCAUGGUGCAUUCACUGCCUCGGAACGCCAGGUCCUAGAUAAGUCGGUCGAGGAGCUCGUCCAAGAUGUCCAGAAGGAAGUCGUCCAGCCCAUAGAUGUGCUCCGCGCAUACGGAAAGGCGGCACUGAAGGCGCAGGAGAAGACCAACUGCUUAACAGAGAUUAUGAUAGGUGCCUGUGAAGGCUGGUUGGCCGAUGGCUCUAUAAACUUCAAGGGGCCUCUGGCAGGUAUUCCCGUGAGCUUGAAGGACUCGAAUGGCGUCGCUGGCUUCGACACGACGGUUGGCUACUCUAGCAAGGUUGGAAACAAGAAGACGGUUGACGGCCCGUUGGUGCGCCUGCUGAAGGAUGCUGGCGCUGUACCAUACGUCAAGACAAAUCUCCCAAUCACCCUACUGAGCUUCGAAUCGGCCAACGAUGUAUGGGGCCGCACCACGAACCCACAUAACUCAAAGUAUUCGCCCGGAGGUUCCACGGGUGGCGAAGGUGCACUACUCGCCUUUGGCGGUGGCAGGAUCGGUAUCGGCUCCGAUGUAGCGGGAAGCGUGCGCGCACCCGCUCACUUCUCGGGAAUUUACAGUUUACGUUGCUCGAUCGGUCGCUGGCCAAAGGCAGGCGCCGACACGUCGAUGCCAGGCCAGGAAGGAGUCCCCAGUAUCUUUAGCCCCAUGACCAGGACAAUGGGUGACCUGUCGUAUUUUACCGAGUCGAUUAUUGGCAUGAAGCCAUGGAAAUACGAUCACUCAGUCCAUCCAAUUCCAUGGCGCAAAGACAUAUCGGAGGAGAUCAAGAACCGGAAGGUCCUCAAAGUCGGGAUCCUUCGCUCCGACGGCGUCAUUGACCCAUCCCCAGCCUGUGUCCGCGCCCUAGACAAAGCCGCCGACGCACUCCGUGCCCAAGGCCACGAAGUCACCGAGCUCUCCGGCAUGCCAGACAUGUACGAAGCUCUGGAGCUCGCCUCAAAGCUGCUGAACUCGGACGGCUGCCAGACAUUCGAGUCCUUCCGUCGUCCCGGCGAGUGGGUAGACCGUGGCGCAGCGCAAAUGAGCUACUACGCCUGGCUCCCACGGCCGAUCAAGUGGCUGUACGCGGUAUAUGUUAGGUACGUGCGUCGUGACCCUGUGUGGGCUGGUAUCCUGGAGGGCUGGGGUCCGAAGUCGGCGUUCGAACAAUGGAAGUUGGUUGCGCGGCGCGAGGCGUACAAAGCGCGCUGGCAUGAGUGGUGGGAGAAGGAGGCGAAGGUUGAUUUCAUUCUUACGCCGCCGAAUGCGACGCCUGCGGUGCCGCAUGAUGCUAUGGGGGAUGCGUGCUCGAGCUGCGGCUACACAUUCUUGUGGAACUUGAUCGAUUAUACCGCCGGUAUCGUCCCGAUCACCCACGUUGACCGGACGCUUGAUGCCCUGCCUGCAAGUUUCAGUCUGCGCAAGCUGAAUGGUGUGGCAAGAGGCGCGUAUAUGCACUACGACGCCGAUGCGAUGCACGGCCUCCCCGUCGCCGUGCAAGUAGUAGGCCGGAGAUUGGAAGAGGAGAAGGUCCUAGCAGCCAUGGAAAGGCUCGAGGACGCUCUGGGAGAUGAUAAGUACCAAUUAUUAGCGCUUGACUAGGUGGUAUUGUAAUGGUCCUUUGACAGCAUGUUGGCCGGCGUAUAGUAUCAAUUAGCAUAAUGAAGCCAAAUAUAUCAAUAUCACAAUCUACAACCC